UUCAAAAUGGCUUGCACCUGCGAAGUAAUUGGUCUUGCCUGCGUGGUGGCUUUAAUACUGAGUGCUAUGGCCAAAGCUCCCUAUCAAAUGCGCAUGAUCUUUAUAUUCUUUGGAGCGGGGGCUAUAGUCCUGAUUUGUGUGCCUUUUAUGAUCCUGCGACCAAGGGAUUACCGAAAUGCGCUCUUCCCAUCUUGGUGCUUCCGGCAGCUGUGCCGCCUAAUGGGCAUCACGAUGGAGGUUCGGGGUCUGGAGAAUGUCCGUAAGGAUCACGGUGCAGUGGUGAUCAUGAAUCACCAGAGUGCCGUGGAUCUGUGCGUGCUGGCCUACUUGUGGCCAGUGAUUGGCAGAGCCACUGUUGUCUCGAAGAAGGAGGUUCUCUACAUACCCUUCUUUGGCAUUGGAGCUUGGCUCUGGGGAACUCUGUACAUCAAUCGGUCCCGCAAGACCGAUUCGAUCAACUCGCUGCAGAAGGAGGCCAAGGCGAUACAGGAGCGGAACUGCAAGCUGCUGCUCUUCCCCGAGGGCACUCGCAACACCAAGGACUCGCUGCUGCCCUUCAAGAAGGGCUCGUUCCACAUCGCCCUCCAGGGCAAGAGUCCCAUCCAGCCGGUGGUCAUAUCGAAGUACUCGUUCAUGGACGACGAGAAGAAGACCUUCCGCCCCGGCCACGCCCUCAUCCACAUCCUUCCAGAGGUGUCGACCGAGAAGUACCAGAAGGAGCAUAUUCAGCUGCUGAUCGACGAGUGCCAGUCCAUCAUGCAGACGGAAUACACGAAGCUGAGUAAAGAAGGCCUAGCCUUGAGCUCGAAGAAGCAGUCAUAGGACUGGUUAGGCUACGAAUUAACUCAGGUUACAUGAAAAUAAUACACUAGUUCCUGCUAGAGGAUUUAAUUUGUAUUGAAUCUACAAGAUUUUUCUAAGCGUGAAAAAGAGGAAUCAAAACGUAAGGGACGUGGACCAUUUGCCUACUAUUACGCUUCACUGAAUCAUGUUAUGGGUGUAUUUUCGAUUAAUAUUAACUGUUUUACCUCCAGCACAUUCGUGUGUAUGCCUAGAGCUUUUUUUGUGACCAAAAGAAAAAUCACAAAAGAAAUUUUUACAAAAGAAGAAAGAGCACAUUUGUUAGAUGUUUAGCUUAAUGCGAAUAAUAUAUUGAUUUAUAUGUGAAUAAUGAAAUGAGACUAUUUAAUAAAACAUUUCGCAAUGAACAAUAACAGAUUUUAAAA